AUGCUGCCAGAGAUCAGAUACAACGUGAAGACAUUGGCUUUCCUGCAUGCAUGCAUGACUGAGGCGAAGAGCGUGCAGGAGUUUCCAAACACCGCAAGCAUGUUCACAGCCUGGAACAACCUGGUCAAGGCGAUCAAGGGUGGAAGGGAGCUCGUGUUGCGACACACCAGAGAAUUUGACCUGUGGGAGUACUACACAGUUGAUGAAACGGUGUAUUUGGUAAACAAUCACUGCAGGGACAUUCUCAAGUCGGCUGACCAGUUAAAGAGACACAGUGCGGGUGAUAUGCAGAAAAGUGUUCCUGACUGCAUUGUAGAAGAGGAUAGGAACUUUUUGGAGCAACGCCUUGGUUUUGUGGUUGGGGUUUUGGAUCAUGACAGUGUUAAAGGCGACCGUUUCCUGGAAGAAUGGGCGGCCGUGAGGUCAAGGCUUGAGAAGCAAGUCCAGUGUGUGCAACGGAUUAAUAGGGGUGAUGUCAACUGGAAGACGAAACUGGUGAUUGCCGAUGGUGGUCGAAGUACAGUGUAUAGUACCAGUUGGAUGGGCAGAGAAGUGGCUCUGAAGGUGAUGAACGAUUCAGAGCAUCCAAACGGCAGGCAUGGCAGGUUUGCAGAAUUCUUUGCGGAAAUUGCUCUCAAUGCAAAGUUCGGUCAUCCUCACAUUGUGCGUAUGCUGGCCAUGAGCAGUGUCGUUGAAAACAGCGGGAUCGUCGACAGGCCCUUUCUGGUCAUGGAACUGGCAAAGGAAAACCUGGAGACCUGGUACAAGCGGCAGCACCUUGAGGCCUGGCCACUGAAGCGCAGCGUGCUGUUUCAGGCAGCGGAAGCCGUGUGCCACUUGCACAGCCAAGGCGUUGUUCACCGUGACAUUAAGCCACAGAACAUCCUUGUCUUCCCUGGCAGCGAGGAAGCAUGCCUCAUCAUCAAGUUGUGUGACCUUGGUGUGGCCACGAAGCAGAGCACAAGGUGGAGAAGAAGGACUCAGAGGGAGCAGCCAGGAACCUUUCUGUACCAAGCACCUGAACUGUUUGAUGGCAAGCGCAGCAGCCCUGAGAGCGACGUCUUCAGCUUUGGAACUGUGAUGGUUGAGGUCGUAGCUGGGUGUGAGCCUUACGGUUACAAGGGCUAUCCAGGACUGAAAGCAAAAGCGGAUGGCAGACUGCCCUGUGCGAUUCCCAACGCUUGUCCGCAGGACCUCAGGCUCUUGAUCCAAAGGUGCCUGUUGCCCAAUCCUGAUGCAAGACCGACUAUGAGAGAGGUGCAGGGAAUCCUAAAUGGAGAAUAG